UCAACCUCUGGCGCGAUCGGCUCCCGCUCUCCGCCCUGAAGAACACGCCCCGCGAUUCCACGUUUUUCCAGCUGUCUCUCGACACGGACCACAGGGCGUUCAUGGCUGGACUGUUACACUGCCUGCCGCUGGCUAACGUGACAGCCGCGCUUAUCGUAGACGGGGCGUCGCUGUGGGAUGUCAUUCGCUGGGACAAGUUGCUGUCGUUCCUGCCAUCCGUCGAGGAGCUCACCCUGUAUUACGAGCUUGUGACACAGGACGAUGGCCGUCUGUCGGAAAUUAAGCCCUGCGACGCUCUUACACUUUGCCCACGACUUCAAAUGCUCCACAUCCGCGAAUGCCAGCUGAAAGAGUCGUACUUCGUCUUCAAAAAGCCUGCGGCGGACUGCGUCUCGCUUGCGCAGCUCGCUCGCGGUAUUGUCGCUCGUGGCGAAAAGACCUUGACGGUUCACGCUGAGGCGGUCGACGGAGCGGGUGUGGUGAAAGGGCUACCGUCCCUUGGACAGGGCCCACAGACCACUAGGAGGUGGCUUGCCGCAGGUAUGUCGCAGAUAUCGGCGAUGCUGGUGCGCCGCUGAGGUCUACGAGUGGGAUACAUCAAUACUUGAGUAUGCGCCUCGGCGGAAUGAUGUUCGUCUGUGCAUCGUGGCGACGGACUG